AUGCCACCGAAGCUAUCGAAAAGUGACAAACAAGAUCUCAUUGUGGCACAUCUUCGGGCGACAGGUACCUGUCACACGCUCAAAGACCUGGAAAAGUCACUCCCCUCGGUGGCCUCGAUCAACAGCAUCCAGGUCAAAGAAUACAUCCAGGCACUGACAGACGAGAACCGAAUUCGCGCCGAAAAGAUCGGCAGUGGGAACUGGUACUGGAGCUUUGGCAGUGAUGAAAGAAUCCAACGCGAACGCCAGUUGGGCCGGGUGAAGACGGAAGUGGAGCAGGCCCGCCAGAGCAGAAGCGAUGCGGCGGCGGCCCUCGCCACUGAAACCACGCGACGGGAGCAAGAGGCCGAUUCCGGGCGCGAACGUGAAUCAGAGCGCAUGGUGCUGCAGGAGCAACGAGCCGAGCUUCAGGCAGCGGUGGACCGGCUUCGAGCAGCAACCACGGCAGCACAGCCCGGUGGAGGAGGAGUCAACAAGGGUGUCCUGCAACUUCGAGCAGAACUAGCUGGAUUUAGGCAACAGGCGAUACAAUGGACGGACAAUAUCUACAUCUUGGAAGAAUAUCUGCGUCGACUGGCGAGCGGGGACCGGGAGAUUGUCAGUGCGGUUCAGCGUGAGUGUUAUGGAGACGAAUACGUGGACGGGGGCUUGCGUGAACUAAGCUAA